UUUACAUGUAGUAGCACGCGAAUGUGCUGCCAUCGUACACAAUUUUAGAGUAACAUUUUUAACAAAAAAAUAUCUCGCCUAAAUUGGGGGUAUUUCAUACACGUUUUGUGUGGCGGCCAUCGUGCACGUACUUUUCCUUUGUUAGUGAAAUAAUUGUGUUUUUACUAAGUUUAGUGUAGUGUUUUGUGUUUGCGGAUAAAAUGGGAAAACGCAAACAUCGUGAGGAAGAUGAGGAAGAUUACUUGGAAAGAAAAAUCCGAAGUCUCGAGAGGAAAAGAUUGAAGAUUCGUCGCAGGCGCCGUCAUCGUAGUUAUAGCCCUAGUACGUCCUCAUAUACAGAUAAUGAAUAUGAGUAUGCGGACCAAGAUAUCGGUGAGCCCGAUCCCUUGCUAGAGGAUUCGCAAUAUGAAGAAUCCCCAUUGACCAACAAUACUGUAUACGACUUAACCGAUGAUGAGGUCGGUGCUUCAACGUCGGGUGCGCUGCCUGCUGCUGGCGGGCUGCGAUCGGUGGUCAUACAGAAUAGAAGCGCCGCCGGGCCCCGCGCGGUGGACGCGCCGGCCCCCGCGCCCCCUCCCGCACCCGCCGCCGCCGUCGCGCCGGCGUGCGCGCCCGCGGCCGCGACCACCACGCCGGCUGCGCCCGCUCCCGCGCCUACAUCCGCAGCUACCACCACACAGGUGACCGGUGAACAAAUUGGUUUACAAGAAUCUACGCCGAUUGUGACCGCGCUUGAUCCCGGUUUAUUAUGUUUGUUGGGCGAUGAGCCCGUAAAAGAAGAAACAUUUGGUCCUUGCAUUCACGACGAUAUCUCGACGAGAUGGUCCGACAUUCUAGUUAAUGCCGUCGUCGGCGUCGCGGCCGCCGCCUCGCCAGAGUCGCCAGACGCCAGCGAGGACGAGCUACACGCGUGGCGGGCGCAGACCGCCGCCGCCGUCCCGCCGCGCGAGCGACCGCCGAGCGCCGCCGCCGCGGCCGCACACCCGGACCUCGCGCCGCUAGCAUCGGAUGCUGAUACACAACCUCAGUGUCGAACACAAGCUGCACAGGAGCCUUACCCUGGUUGCCGGAGUGUUGUCCGGGCGGCGUUCAUGAGGCAAGGCACUCCUGCAGAAGCGGCAGACAUCAUGCUAGCGUCACUUACAGAAACCACACUUAAGCAAUAUAAUUGUUAUUUAAAGAAAUGGUAUAUAUUUUGUAAGGAAAAAUGUUAUGAUAUUUUUGAUGUCGGCGUAGCAGAAGUAUUAGAUUAUUUCACAUUACUUUUUAAUCAAGGUUGUCAAUUUGGAUCAAUUAAUACUGCGAAAGCAGUUUUGUCAUUAAUAUUGAAUAAUAAUGUUAUAAAUAAUCCAACUGUGAAACGUUUUAUGACGGGAGUAUACAAACUGCGGUCUCCAAAUCCACGAUAUGAUUUUACUUGGGACCCUUCAAUCGUUCUUAAUCAUUUAAGUUGUUGGUAUCCAAAUGAAAGCCUUUCUUACGAGCAUCUUUCUAGGAAGUUAAUAACUAUUUUGGCAUUAGUUACGGCACACCGUGUGCAAACCUUAUCGUUAAUCAAGCUAAGUAAUAUUCAUAAAUGUAAUAAGAAAUAUAUUAUUAACAUUACAGAUAAGAUUAAGACAUCCGCAGUUAAUCGCAUUCAGCCAAAACUGAUUCUGCCUUAUUUCGAUGAAAAUCAGUCAAUUUGUCCUGCAAGGACUUUAGAACGUUAUUUGGUUGUCUCAUCUACCAAUCGCCCAAGCGAUUGUGAUUUUCUUUUUACAAGUUUUAAAAAACCAUUUAGAAAAGUGUGUUCACAGACCUUGAGUCGAUGGAUCAAAACCACUUUGCUCGAGAGUGGUAUUGAUACAUCGAUCUUCAAAUCGCAUAGUACGAGACACGCAAGUACGUCAGCAGCCAACCGGCUCGGGGUUAAUAUAGAACUGAUUAAGAAGACCGCCGGUUGGUCAGAUAAUUCCUUGACGUUCGCUAGGUUCUAUAAUAGAGAUGUUCUGGCGGACUCGUCCGAAGUAUUUGCUCGUACAAUAUUACAUGGUAAUAAUAAUUGAAGUGUCUGUUGAUUACAGUUAAACUGACGUAAACGUUUGUUUUAUUUAUAUUUUUCAAACAUACAUGUUUCAUUUAAUCUGCUAUUUCGUGUAACUCUAAACAUCUACAUGUAAAGUAUAGUGUAAUCACGAAGGGCGAAUCACAGAAGUUUAAUAGAUAAUCAAACGAACUUACCUGUAAGUGAUGUUCGAUGACUAUUAAACGAUGUGAUUCGCCCGAGUGAUUACAACCCUCCCUGACCCGAACUGGUCAAGCUCCAGAUUCUACCCAAUUGGUCACGAAAUAGCACA